CCAACUUGCGCAUGCUUGUUGAAAUUCUUUAAAACAAUUUAAUUGAACCGCCGGACUAAUCUUAGUGGGUGCUGCAAGAUAUCUGGAGCCUUUCACUGGGGUCAUGUUGCAGCACUAAGUUAAUCAAUAGAUUUAUAACAAGUAUUUUAUAUCUUAUAUAACCAAGUGGUUGUUUCUGAUAUCUUAGUCUUUGCUGACGAUUUUAAUUUAUUAAUGAAGUUAAACUGCGGCGUUCGAGCAAUUUUCCAGUUCACAUUGGCAUUUAAUUAAAGAACUUUAUGUUCAAUGGUUUACGUGUUCGAAACAAUCAACGGAUCUAAAGAGAGUUCUAUGCAUAAAGGUCACAAUCAAUGAGGUACUGUGGUUUUAUGAAUCGCAAGUGUGUUUACUCUAAGAUUUUUCUCACCAGAACGUAAAAACGUCCAUAUAGAAUGCGUAGGGUUAUCGUUUUUUCCAAAUUUCGAUGUAUUUAGAUGGGAAUUGGAGGCUGAACUCCGUCAUAAUGAAGUACCAGAUUUUUAUAUAUACUGAACUGACUAUAAUUCUUAUUUAUUAGAUGAAGAAGGCCCCUCAGUCAAAAUACAUUUCCAUAAAUAGCUCACAAAUAUUGGUUCUUGUUAAAAAACAAAGUGACUGCCUACUUAAGCAGUGAUUUAAUAUAAUUAUAUUUAUAUAGCUUCAUGUAUACAUGAAGCUAUCUUUUGUGGCUUAUGAAUUUACAAAGGUACAUAUCCUUUGUUUGAGUUGUAAGUGGUAUUUUAUUUACAAAAACUUAUGAGGGUACCGCAAGUUCUACAGUUCAAUAAUAGCGACGCUAUACGACUCAGUAUAUCGCUGCCUUAAUGAUGUCAUCUGCCUCGUUGGUAUGCUGUUGAACAACAGUGUUAUAACACGCAUAUUUAUGCCAGUUUUAGUCUGUAUAUAUUACAAGUGGCUUAAUAGUAGGCGUUCUCUCAAUACUGGUAGUUACCAUUUCACUGAUUUUUUGUACCCAGACAUUGAAGUAGAUGACGUGAAACUAACUAGGUUUACAGAAAUGUUCCGUACUCGUUUUAUUAUUAUUGCUCACUAGUCUCACAAAAACUAACCAUUUUCUUAGACCUAUAUACUUGACUGGUUUCAUUGCGUAAUCGGUUAUAUUUGUUGCCCAAUAUCAGCAGUUGGCUUUAGCACGAGACGUCAAAGCAGGACGACAAUUUCUGGACAAAUUAUUCAGAUUUCAUCUCACAAUUUUUGCUUUUUUGCGUGAAAUUCACUCAUCCACACAGCUAAAUCAUAUUCAGAUAUCGAAGCUGAUGUCAGUUUGUUAUGAGAACCCUAAUUCUAAUUCGUAAUUUCAACUCCUAACUCCAAGUUGUAGUCCCGAUUCCUCACACAAAUAUAUCACCCUAUAUCACCUCUAGUAAGUGGCUAACGUUUCCUUAGAACACUUUUAUAUUACUCAGAGGUAGUCCAUAAAUUAUAGUCUCCCUGUUGAGUGCUCAAUCACAUCCAUAAAUACUGUUCUGUAUGCCCCAGAAAGCUGUUACAUUGUUCAUUUAUAUAAUUAUAAGUAAAAUCCAAUAGUAAUGUGUUGGUUGUGUACACUAAUCUAAUGGUCUAGGUAGAUCUCAGCGUAUUUUAAAGAUGUACUAGUUAUACGUUGCAUUCAGUUAAUGGCUUGCAGAAAUCUAUUAUUUACACCCUCCUUGAGUGUAAUCAAUAGAUCUCAUAAACCCGGACAUUAGGGAAGAAUCUCAAAAUGAACUAACUAAUCAAAACAUACACAAUAAACUAGCUAAGGAAAUAUAAUAAACCGAAGCAAAGUGCAAAUCAGUAGAGAUUAUUGUUUGCCGUCCUUCAAUUUAGCCUAAGUAGAUGGCUAACAUGGUGUUCCAAUCGUCGGCUGGUUUGUUCGCGUAAAGUCACCUAUUUUUAUACUCAAAUAAUUUAAAAUUACUGAUUUUUUAUCAUAUCACCUUUACAGUGCAGUGAGCCAUCGGCGUGUCACCCCGUCAUUCGGCACGAAUACUAACUUUUGUGAGGCGCAAUAUAUCAAACCAAAGUAGCCAGUCAUUUGAUUAGGCCUCGUUGCAUAUUUGGCUAAUAUCAUUUGACGUUUACAACUAUCGACGUGUACUGCAUAGGUCUGUGGUUUCUUCCAGUUCGUCGACUUUAUUUGAUGUAAAAGUUAAAUAACUAUUCAGUCAUGUCAGUUUAUCCACCAGUUACCGAACAGAGCACCAUUGUCAGAAUGCCACGACUUUCAAACGCUGACACUCGUCAUGGUAGUUUCCAGCCGUAUCCCAGAGGUUCAAAACUCUCACGUCAGUUACAGCAGCCUCACGUCACACUGGUUGAAUAUAAAACAGCUCGUUUUCUAAUCACAGAUGAACCUAAUGCACACAAUAUGGAAAAUUUUAUCAUGGUUUUCAAACUACACAAUGUACACAAAUUGGUUCGAGUAUGCAAAGCUACCUAUGAUAAAGCACCGCUUGAAUCUGUCGGAAUUGAAGUUGUGGAUCUUGAAUACGAUGAUGGUGCACCGCCUCCAGACGUAGUAAUUGAAAAAUGGUUUCAACUGAUUACGGACGUAUGUCAACAAGGACCUGGAAGUUGUAUAGCUGUACACUGCAAAGCUGGACUUGGCAGAGCUCCUGCUCUUGUUGCAGCCGCUUUAAUUGAACUUGGUUUACCGUACAAUGAAGCUGUAGAAAUGAUUCGUGGACAAAGAAAUGGAGCAUUAAAUGCUCGUCAAGUUCAAUAUUUAAAAAAUUUCCAUCCAAAAAAACGUCUUCGUCAUAUCAAAUCACAAUCGGAUCGAUGUCAAUUAUUAUAGAAUAAAAUGUCAUUGUUAAAUAACAGAUAUUUAACUUUAUUAUUAUUAUUUAUUAUCAUUAUUAAUAUUGUUGUACAUGUAUUCUCCCACUGUUGACAUUAUUUCAUCCAUCCCCCUCCCCUUUGACCAUGACUUUACAUUUUAAUGUAUCCUGUAAACUGUAUCAUUUUUAUCUCGUUGCCUUCUUGUUUGUCAUUUUCUUUCUUUCUGUACACUUUUAUAUUAUUUCUCAAAGGAUAAUUUUUAAAAUGAAUAAAAAAAUAAAGAUAAUUGUCAAUGAAG